AGAGAUUUACUAAAUACUUUAGAUUCCAAUAGGCUCUAAUUGAACUUGGAAAAGGGAAUUACAGUAAAAUAGAACACCUUUAGGCUAGGCAUUGGAUUAUUAAUUGGAUCUUUAAUCAACCUAAUCAUUUAAUUAAGUAAGAUUGACUGAGAGACAGAAACUGAGAAAAAGAAAAAAGUGAGUGUUGUAGAAGGAACACCAGCUAGUCGGCCUGUCGUCGACCUUACGAUACGAUAAAUCAAAGAAAAAAAUAAAUUCAGGAUACAUUAAAAAGAUAAUCAGAUCAAUUUUUUUUUUUUUCAAAAUAAAAAAAAAACCCAGACAGUUUCAAUAAUUUUACUUUCUAAUUCGAUGAAGUUGGACCAAUGAAGGCGUAGAUUGAAUUGAAUAUUGAAGUCCCUGCUGUGCAUCCAAGCUUUGGCAAUGGUGUUGGCAAUCAUGCAAAGCCAACCUCCUCCUGUAAUUUCCAUAGCCAACAAUGGCGGCGACUCAUACAUCCAUCAUAGCCGUCUUCUUCAAUUCAUAAACGAAUGCAAGAACAUGUCCCAGCUCAAACAGAUACAUGCGCAAACAUUGCGUACCUUAUCCACCACCAACAACCCACACGCCAUUUUUCUCCAUAGUCGGAUCCUCCAUUUUUCUUCCUUAGCUGAUUUGGACUAUGCUUUUCGGGUUUUUGAUCAGAUUAAGGACCCAAAUUCGUUUAUGUGGAAUUCUCUCAUCAGGGCAUGUGCGCGAAGCGUUGAGCGGAAAGAGCAAGCAAUGGUGCUUUACUAUAGAAUGUUGGUGGAAGGAACUGUUUUACCUGAUAAAUAUACAUUUCCGUUUGUUCUUAGAGCUUGUGCUUAUUUGUUUGCAUUUUCCGAGGGGAAACAAGCACAUUCCCACAUUCUAAAACUUGGGUUCGGUUCUGAUGUUUAUAUCAAUAACAGUUUGAUCCAUUUUUAUGCUUCUUGUGGGCGUUUGGACUUAGCACAGAAGGUGUUUGAGAAUAUGUGUGAGAAAACUUUGGUCUCCUGGAAUGCUAUAAUUGAUGCAUUUGUUCAGUUUGGUGAGUUCGAGACAGCAAUGAAACUAUUUAAUGAGAUGCAGAACAUGUUUGAGCCUGAUGGUUAUACAUUGCAGAGUGUUAUAAAUGCUUGUGCUGGACUUUGUUCUUUAUCUUUAGGAAUGUGGGCUCAUGCUUAUGUGUUGAGAAUGAGUGAUAGGGUUGUUGCUGGUGACGUUUUGGUCAACUCUUCUUUGGUGGAGAUGUAUUGCAAAUGUGGGUCCUUGGAAAUUGCUCAGCAAGUCUUUGAGAGGAUGCCUGAUCGUGAUAUAACUUCGUGGAAUUCAAUGAUUCUAGGAUUUGCCAUGCAUGGGAAAGCUGAGGCAGCAUUGGAGUAUUUUGCUCGGUUGGUCAAAGUGGAGACUUUGAUGCCCAAUUCCAUUACUUUUGUUGGUGUUUUGAGCUCUUGUAACCAUAAAGGCAUGGUUAAUGAAGGUCGCAAAUAUUUUGAUAUGAUGCUAACAGAAUACAAGAUAACACCCCAAUUAGAGCACUAUGGGUGCCUGGUUGAUCUUUUAGCUCGGGCUGGUUUGAUCUAUGAAGCUCUAGAUAUGGUGACAAAUAUGCCCAUGAAGCCUGAUGUUGUAAUAUGGAGGAGCAUUCUCGAUGCUUGUAGUAAGCAACAUGCAAGCAUUGAACUAAGCGAAGAAGUUGCUAGACAGAUCCUUGAUUCUAAGGAGGCUGUUUCAAGCGGAGUUUAUGUGCUUAUGUCAAAAGUCUAUGCUUCAGCCAGCCGAUGGAAUGAAGUGGGAUUGGUUAGGAAAUUGAUGAUGGAUAAAGGCAUUUCGAAAGAGCCAGGCUGUAGUUUAAUAGAGGUAGAUGGUAUUACCCAUGAAUUUUUUGCUGGGGACACAUCCCAUCCUCGACGUAGAGAAAUAUUCCGGGUUCUAGAUGUGGUUAAAGAAAGACUAGAGUUGAUGGGGUAUUCACCUGACCACUCACAGGCAACCAUGGUUGAUGAUCAUUGUGAUGGAAAACAAAGCUCUCUUAGUUUGCAUAGUGAGAGAAUUGCCAUUGCUUUUGGACUGUUAAGCUCGAAACCUGGCCUGCCAAUACGCAUAUUUAAGAAUCUUAGAGUAUGUAACGACUGCCACAACGUGUUCAAAUUGAUCUCUACUGCAUUUAAGGUGGAGAUUAUCAUGAGAGACCGUGCUCGAUUUCAUCACUUCAAAGAUGGCACUUGCUCCUGCAUGGAUUAUUGGUAAAAUUUUUCUCUGUUGUAUAUUAAAAAGUCCUAAGAUGGGCACUUGUUAAACACAUUCAGAUAAUCAUUCGCUUGUAAAUGUGAACUCCUUUUAUUUUUCAUGGGAUAUAUUUUAAGACCCACCUUGUAUAAAAUUUGAAUCUUUUCCCUCCCCUGAAACCACUCAUUUAUUACACUGACAAGAAAAAUAAUAAUUAUAAUAUAUAUGCAAAAAUCAAACAGUACAGUAUCGUUUAGCAUGUUUGGUUAUGCAUUAUCUGUGUCACAAUUCAAUACAAUACAAUAAAAUCCUGUAAAUAAAUAAAUAAAUAUUU